CACCACUCUCUCUGUAAAGAACUUCCCCCUGGUGUCCAUUGUCUUUGUCUGUGUAAAGGCAGAUACCAUCAAAUAACAUCACAAAAAAAAGCUGUACUUAGGACUGGUGAAUGAGCCUUAAUGGGAAACCAGGAAAAUAUUUCACCACAGCUAACACUGUUAGAAAAGAAGUUCCUAAUAAUGGAUGUGCUUAAACAUGAAUGCAGCCUAUUUAUGUGUGAUAGAACUGUUCAGUAGAAAGAUGGAAGAUCUCAGGUUUGCUGUCCUGGAAUGUUUUCCCCAAACCAGCUGUCUAAUCAUUUACACAAAGUGGCAGAACAUGACUUUGACUCACUGACUACAACUUCAUCCAAGUCUAGAUACUCCUGGUCUAAAGCUACCUGAACUGACAGACUUUGUAGAAGAUCUGUAAUAUGGACGCUUGACUAAUUUUUAGAACAUAAAAAUGUUCUUUGUAAGACAAUUUCUUAAAAGAGAAAAAUACAGAAACUGUAAAAACACAGUUUCUAUUCUCUUCAAAAAUCAUCCCAAGGAGUUAAAAUCUGCAGCAAACACAAGGAACUGCUAUUUCGAAGGAAGAGUACCACAUGGAAAUAGAACAAUUCCAGAGACAGAUUGAUUUCUAAAAAAUAAAAAGAAGAAAAAGAAACAAAAUCUAAGUUUCUCCAUGUAAAUAAAGUAUUAAAGUAGAUCUUUCAAGAUUAGAAAUGGGUGAGUUAUUGGAGAGGGCAGAAAACAGUGGAAUGAAAAUGAAACAACCUAUAAAAAUAAACAUAUACGAAUGCCUAUAUGAAUACCAGCAAGAAUUACUAUAACUUACUCAUACAGACUUUUUCUACCAAGAGCAUUUGUCAUCAAGAAAGCAAGUGUGGCUCACAAUUACCAUUGGAAAUAACCAAAAUACUCAUUACAGAGUUUCCUGCAUUGAAGCAGACAAUUGAGAGUUAGCUAGUGAGCAAGAUCUUGCAUGACCAAUUCCAUUCAAUUCAGUUCAGCUGGUUAAGCAAAUUACAAAAGACAAAUCAGAUAAAGUAUAUAUAAGCAAUUUCUAGUUGCAUGGUUGAAGGAAAAGCACAGCAUAUCAAAUUGGUAACUUUUUCUUUUCCUGCUGAGUAGCUACUCUUACACAAAAUAUUUUCCAUGGCAUUCCCUCUUUCUAUGAAAGGCAGGGGAACUCUCAUGCUGCCAUAUCAACAACUGGGCUGUACUGCUGUGGUAACAACAGCAUCUAGAAUUCCAAAUAGGAACUGGGAAAGUUUAUAUGACUAUGAAAAAAAAACAACAAAAAAAACACCUUAAAAAAUAUAAUCAUGAGGUUUUAGUGAACUGUUUGACUAAAAAAUAAAAAAGGUUGAGUAGUUAGGCCAAAAUAAGCCCACUGAGGUCCUGAGCGUUGCAGUUUGCAAAAGCUUUAGCUUCCAAUUUGCCAUAAUGACAUAAAAUUUUGUUUUAGAAGAAUAUGCUGCAAAGGCAUUGUCUGAACCCCAACAUGGGGGUAUGUGAGCCACUGAACUGUUAUUGUUUAGAUUGCAACAACAUUUGCAAAGUCCAGUUGUGGCCUCUGCUAUGAUAAAUCUAGCAACAUGGAAAAAAGAGGCAAUUUCCAAACCCAAAGAGCCCAUCGUUGCAACCCAGGGCAAAUUGGGUGAAGGGUAAGCGGAGAGGAAGAGAGCACUAACUCAGAAAUGUCUGGCUGGUGGUAACUGUUUGCCUUCCACCUUUCAGGAUGGCCUGGGACUCGCUGUGUGGCAGGGACCUGCUGCGUCCCACAAUAAGAAGAGCCUCAAGCAUCGCACAGGGAGGGCAGAGGGGGGACACCCCAUCCCUGGAGGAGCUGCAGCGCCUGCUGUGGACACGUGCGCGCCCUAUGGGGCAUGUGGAUGAAGUCUGGCCAAACCUUUAUGUGGGAGACCUGUAUGUUGCUCGUGACAAAGCACAGCUGAGCCAAAUGGGCAUUUCCCAUGUUGUGAAUGCUGCUGCUGGGCGCUUCCACCUCAACACUGGGCCCAAGUUCUACAGAGACCUUCCUGUGGAUUACUAUGGAGUAGAAGCAGAGGACAACCCGAACUUUGAUCUCAGCAUUUACUUCUACCCAGUUGCUCGAUACAUAAGAGCUGCACUGAAUACCCCAAGAGGCAAAGUACUGGUCCACUGUGCGAUGGGAAUCAGUCGAUCUGCAACUCUUGUCCUCGCCUUCCUAAUGAUCUGCGAGGACAUGUCUCUUGCCGACGCGAUUCAGGCUGUGCGCUCCCACAGAGGGAUCUGCCCCAACUCCGGCUUCCUGGAGCAGCUGCGAGAGCUGGACCUGAGGCUGAGGAAGGAGAAGCGCGCAGGAGCUGGGAUCUGCUAGCACGGGGCUGGCCAGCAGCAGGAGCACAACCAGCCGCCAGGCUCAAACUGAGGCCAGCGCGUGGACACUGCAGGCACACUGUGGCAGCUGCACUGAGAAACUCUGCUGGGGAGAGCCGAUUGGAGCUUGCAAUGUAUUUUUUGGAUAAGCCCACUAAUUGAAAGAAACUGAAAUAAAGAAGGAUUCAGACCGGCAAUUUCACCCACCUGGGCCUGCUUUUUUAACAACCUGCUGCGCAGGGUACAGGCAGCAGUUGGGUUUUCAAGCCGAAUUAAAAGGCAGCACAGCCAA